UUUACAGUUCAACACAAUACAUCUAAAUGUUAAUCCAUCACACACAACAGCACUUUACAUCACUUUCGACGGUCAGACAUAUUUUCGAUGCCCAGAGUUAGGCCACCGAAAAUAAAAAUUAAUUUUUAAGAGUUUUAAGAGAAGUUCAGCAUUAGAAAAUAAGAAGGAUGCGUUCUUGGUGGUAGGGCUUGAAGUCCCAAGUGGUCGACGGUAAAAAAAACUGUUGUAGAAAAGAAUAAAGCCAAUCACUUACAAUCACAAUAGUCUGCCUAAGAGGAGACAUUUCCUAUGUUCAAUAAAGGUGGGUACCGACUGAAUGGAAUGCACCAUUGUUUUGUUUUCCUUUUUUUAAACAAGCACUCUUUCUUUCUUUCUUGGUGGCGGAAACCGAAGUUUUCUAUCAUUCUGAUAGUGCCUACCAUAUAGGAUACAACAUCCUUUCAAAUGUGGCAUUGGAUCCAACGCCACUGUUUAUGUCUACGUACACAUCAGUCUAACAUUCAGUGAUACAUACAAGGCCACAGCAUAUUGACGAUUUGGCAUAUAGUACUGAAAUACUCCUGCAACACUACAAAUAGAGCAAGUGUUCAGAAUCCUCAGCGUUAGGGCACCCAGCGACGAUUUGCCUUUGUUCGUCGAGCCCUAUGGGCAUGGAGGUUGAGCUGCAGCCAGGAAACAACGGCCAUGUGGCUGAGAGAAGCGUGGAUCUGCAGGACGAACUACGGCGACAAGGAGACCAAGUGCCAAGCGGCGCUGACGAGGCAGAGCUGGUGUGGAAGCUGCGGAAGUACUUGAUGCUGCUAGCAAUCCUUUCUGCAACCAUCACCUACCAGGCAGGGCUUGCUCCACCGGGCGGCCUCUGGCUAGACAAUAACGACGACCAGCAGCACGGCCAUCUUGCCAGCGACAUCGUCCUGCAAUCCACCUAUCCGAAGCGGUACAAGGUAUUCUUCUACUGCAACUCGACAGCGUUCAUGGCGUCCCUGAUCGUCCUGAUGCUGCUCCUGGUAAGGAGGCUCAGCUGCCAUGCAGUCUGGCUCCGCUCGCUGCACCUCGCCAUGUUGCUCAACCUGCUCGGGCUCAUGGGCGCCUACGCCGCAGGCAGCUGCAGGGAGAUCAGAACGUCCCUGUACACCUGGGCGCUGCUCGCCGGUGUCUUCACGUACGUCGCGCUUCACGUCGUGUUCUUCCGCCACCUAGCGUCUCCAUGGCUUCGACAAAAACUCAUGGGCGUCCAGAGGUCCUGGAAGGACACUCUCGCACGCGUGUUCAGGAGCGUAACCGACGAGCCAGAGGGACGACGAAAAAGGGAAGAACCGGAGCAGAUGCCAGAUGCUUCUUGUGUCCAGGAAAAAGAGGCGGAAGAGCUGGAGCAGAAACGCGGCAUGCUACUGGUCCUCGCCACAUUGUCAACGACGGUGACGUACGCAGCGGGGCUGAACCCUCCAGGUGGGUUCUGGCCCGGCAGCGGCGCUCGCCAUCUCGCCGGUGACCCGGCUCUCAGAGACCACUACCCCAGUCGCUUCAAGGCCUUCAUGGCGUGCAACGACACAGCUUUUGCCGGGUCCCUUGUCAUCCUCGUCAUGCUCCUCAGCGACACGGCAACGGGUCGCGCUGUCAGGUCGAAUGCGCUUCGCCUGUGUGUUCUUGUCAGCCUGUUUGGCCUCAUGGCUGCCUAUGCUGCAGGGAGCUGCAGGGAAGUCCAUACCUCUAUAUAUGUCUUCGCCCUCGUCGCUGCUGUCCUACUGUAUCUCGUCAUCCAGUGGGUCGCACCCAUCCUACCCAGGCCACAGCUUGUCAGCGAGCGCAUAGAAUGGAUCAAAGGAGAAAAGGAUAAACUGACUCUGAAGCUGAAAUCGUUCCUGAGCAGCACAACCAAGGAGCAGGAGCAGCCAUUAGCUUUGGGUCAACAGCAUCCAUCGUCCAAUCAUGUCUUAGCAAGCACUGAUCAGAAUGAUGUGAGAAAGCUGCGCACGUACCUUCUACUACUUGGGAUCCUAGCAGCCACCGUUACAUACCAAGCAGGGUUGAACCCCCCCGGCGGGUUUUGGCUAGACAAUGAGGACGGGCAUCGUGCUGGCAACCCCAUCCUGGAGGCCACCAGUCCGAGGCGGUACAGCACGUUCUUCUACUGCAAUUCCACCGCAUUCGUGUCAUCUGUGGUCAUCAUCGCCCUGCUCCAGAGCAGCUUGGUCGCUGCCGGUGCCAUGAAACGGUACGCGCUGCAGACAGCCAUGGUUUUCGAUCUCUUCGGUAUGAUGGGGGCAUACGCUGCUGGCAGCAGCCGGACCUUCUCCACGUCUUUGUACGUGAUGAUCUUGGUCUUCCUUGUCUUCUCUUACGUCAUGGUCCACGUCCUGCUCUUAGUGUGCACACGACGACGAGGCUCUGGCGAUGAUGAUGGACCAGCAGCUUUUCAGGAAGUAGACGGCGACGACCCUGAACUGAAACAUCUGGAGAAGCGGCGCAAGUUUCUGGUGUUGCUUGCUGUUCUGGCAGCGUCGAGCACGUAUCAGGCUGGCAUAAACCCACCGGGUGGCUUCUGGCCCGACGACAGCGAUGGGCACCGAGCAGGCUAUCCGAUGCUCAACGAUGAGUUCCCACGCCGCUACGUGGUCUUCUUCUACCUAAACUCCACCGCUUUCAUGUCGUCCUUGGCCGUGAUCAUGCUGCUCGUUAGCAAAAGGCUAUGCCAAAGUGGGACCAACGGCUACUUGCUGCGUGGAUGCAUGCUACUGGAUCUGCUCAGUCUCAUGGGCGCCUUCGCGGCAGGAAGCUGCAGGAGAGUAUCCACCUCAGUGUACGCCAUCCUGGCUGUUGCUGUUGUUUUUGCCUACGUCAUGGCUCAACUUCUGGUGCUGACCUUUGCAAAAGAGAAGGUUGGCUACUUCUUCGAGUGGGUGCUCCGUGCCACUCCUUUCAAGAGUCCGCAUCCAUCCAAGGACGGCAAGCGAAGCAUCGUGGCCAGCCAGAAACCUGAGCAUAAAUGGCGAAAAGAUCUUAUUCUGAUUGGGACCUUCGCGGCGAGCGUCACCUACCAGGCUGGGCUGCUCCCGCCAGGAGGGCUUUGGCCUGAUGACCGGGACGGCCAUUUCACCGGCGACCCGAUCCUCCAUGACGCCGAUCCACGGCGAUACAAGGCAUUCUUCUACUGCAACGCCACCGCGUUCAUGGCGUCGGUGGUCAUAGUCAUCCUGCUGCUCAACAGCACAAUAAGCAAGUACAGGAGGUCUCUCCUCCCCAUGAAAACGGCAAUGGUGCUGGACCUGCUUGCUCUGCUUGGGGCUUACGCUGCUGGCAGCUGCAGGAAACUGAAGACUUCUGUAUACGUCUUCGCGCUCGUCGUUGCUGUUUUCAUGUACAUUGUCGUUCACAUCUUGCUGUCCUUCGAUAAAAUGGCACGGGUCAUGAAGAGGACUGGAGAACAGUGGGUUCCAUGUCUGAAGAAGAUGUGGGCACUCAUUGAAAUUGAACCUCCAAACCAUCAGCCAUCUUCAGAGGAACCAUGAGAGGCUGACCCUUGACCGUAUGCUUGUAUUGUGAUUAAAUGAAUUGUUCAAUUGAUAUGUACCUAAGUACCUUAGAAUCAAUAUUUGUUUUCCCCACUUGUUUAAGGUUGAAGUGUUGUAAUCUUUUUAUGCACCUAUAGAUAAGAUGCAUUCAUCCA